UUACAGCCAAAAGUGGGCAUGGGUUUAUUUUUAAUCUGGGAUGGGCUGUAUUUAUUGUCUCAGCAGCCUGAGCUCAAGGGGCGUCAGCUAACGGAUUUCUCUUAGAACAACGUCGUGGGCCGUGCAGCUCAGUCUUAGAAAUGGCUCCCAAGAAAGCUAAGAAGAGGGCAGAGGGUGCCAACUCCAAUGUCUUCUCUAUGUUUGAACAAGCACAGAUCCAGGAGUUCAAAGAGGCCUUCACCAUAAUGGAUCAGAACCGCGAUGGUUUCAUUGACAAAGCAGACUUGAGGGAUACAUUUGCUGCAUUAGGACGUUUGAAUGUGAAGAAUGAAGAAUUGGAUGACAUGAUCAAAGAAGCUCCUGGACCAAUUAACUUCACUGUGUUCUUGACCAUGUUUGGAGAGAAACUUAAAGGUGCUGAUCCAGAAGAGACUAUUCUAAAUGCGUUCAAAGUGUUUGAUCCAGACAGCAAAGGUCUAAAGGCAAACUACAUUAAAGAGAUGCUCAUGACGCAAGGGGAGAGGUUUUCGAAAGAGGAGGUAGACCAAAUGUUUGCAGCUUUCCCUCCAGACGUGACUGGCAACCUGGACUACAAGAACCUUGUCCACAUCAUCACACAUGGAGAAGAAAAGGAUUGAGAAAAGGGCGUGUGAUUUGCACGGCCACAGGAAUGAUACUUAAUGGCGCGCCUUUCUAUGCAACCGCUUCUGGUUGUCCCUGUCCAUGCUACCUGGGAUGUCUGUGUGUCGUCA